UUCUAACUUCUAUAUAAAGCUGCAAAAUAUGUAUCUCACAUAUCUCCAGAACACGUCAGACAUGGCACCAGCGACCACCUCUAUCAUUCUCCUCCUUCUAUUCUAUGGAGGAAAUGUCUCAUCACAAAGUAACCCUGUACAAACUUCUAAUUAUGGACUGAAGCCAGGGAGGUGUCCUGUUUUAUUCUUGCCAGAAGUAUGUAUUGGAUCUGUUGUUUCACCAUUAUGUUCUGGAGACAAGGAAUGCCCUGGUAACCAGAAAUGCUGUAAUCGUUCCUGUGGCAUAGUCAUGUGCACCAUCCCAGUACCGCGAGUAAAGCCGGGAAAGUGUCCUUCAAUAUCUUUCUUAGGGGAUUGCCUCGCGGUGCUGCCUCCUCCCCAAUGUUCUGCAGAUAAUGAUUGUCCCGGUGAUCGAAAAUGUUGUAAAGAUUCAUGUGGUGCAGUGAAUUGCAUCAAACCUAUAGCUAAGGAGAAACCUGGAAGGUGUCCUCGGGAUAUACCCCCAGCAUGUGGUUUUCCUCCAGCUCCUCCAGACUGCUAUAGUGAUGAGUGGUGUCUUGGAGAAAAGAAGUGCUGCUAUUAUAUCUGUAAACGGCGAUGCCUUAAACCUAUCAUAACAAAGGGUUGAUAAAUGGUGGACGACAUGGUGCCGAUAAAGAAAUGAACAAGAGAAACCAUAGAUAAGACCCGCCGCAUUGUGUUGUAGAUCUGCAGUGAUUGGUGGAUCCUGGAUCAGCGUCUAUAUACCUAUGGGGUGCGCUUGACAGCUAUAAUAAUUCAUAAUUAGAGUUAUAGGUUUUUAGAUGAAGAUGUUUCUGAUCACAAUAAAUAACGUCAAUAACAUUUUGA